UUUAGCUUUCUGAAUAUCAUAGGAAAGAUAUAACAAUAUACAUUAUUCUGUAUUUAAUGUAAGUACUGAAGCACUGUUUUUUCUGUGUUUUUACCUAUGUACUGUUUAUCUGUUUUGUACAGCACUUUGACCUGGAAGAUGAUGUAUACAAUAAAUGAUUAAUUGUAGCUAUUGUUGUUGUUUUCAGCCCGACUAUGCUGUUCAGAGCAACGCCUUAUACAAGAAACCAACGGGAGUAGCGUGGCACAUCAAACGGGAAAUGGUUCUUCUCUGACAGGAAAUGGAGAUGCUGCAACUCAGUCUGGUGGGAUACAGACGUGAAAUAUCAAGGAAGACCAGCAGGAUUUGCAAACAGUGCCAGUGUGACGGACGUCUGCAGACUCGGGGCAUCUUAGAACAUCUAGGCAGUCUAAGGAGCUUGGCGGUGCCUGCAUACAUCACACAGGCCUCUAUUAGCAAUGCAGAGCAAACACGACAGUGAGGAGACCUGCUGCAUGGACAUGUCGUACCUCGGGGUCAGCUAAAAACAUCACAAGUGGUUUCUUCCGAAAACUGAAGUGAAGCUCUGGAAUUGGGACAGUGAAGGUGGCAUGCCCAGAUCAGCGCAACUCAGCCGUACAGAAGCCAAGGAUGCAAUAAUUAGACCUUAGAUUGUUACACAGUUCCGUGUUGGGUGUGCUCUUUUUCAAUCUAUGCAAGACAUGGACUGAUUGAGUUACACAUUUCAAACUGAAUCAGUUUAUCCCACCUGUUUUGAGCUGGAUGUGGACUCACAACUCAUUCAGCUUGUGACCAAAACUAUUGCACAACCAUGUCAUUUAUCAGCUGACAAACUGUGGGACUGAAACGUGAGUUCACUCCAUAACUCUGGAGCGUUAACUGAACCUGGGGGCUUGAGGGAUGUGAAACAAUAUAUGUUCAGCAUUAACAUUAAGAAGAGAAAGAUCUCGGCUUGUUUCGUAGUUCCAUGGUGUUUUUAUCUGGAAAAUAGAAUUGGACCAAGUCAUGUUUAAAGGAUGUGAUGUGACAAAGGUGUAAUGCAUUUCCAGAACCUAGGAACCCAAUUAUAUUCCUGGUGACCCACACACCUGUUGGUUUGUGUUCCAGCCAGUUACACUCAGAUGCUUCGUUGAAAUAAUAAUAAUGACUUGUGACUAGAAACAAGAUGCAAAUAUUCAAUUAAAGCUACUCAGCAGAUCACGUAAUGCUUUGGUUAUCUUUUUAUCAAUAAAUACUAUUAGGUGGGAUGGAAUUGACACCAGGAGGUGUGUGGGUCAGCAGGACCAGGACUGGGACCCAGAGCUGUGUUGUAUUGAAAUAACAUGUAAUCUGCUGCUUUUGUAUAAAGUUAAACAUUUCAGUCAUUUUCUUAUUUCAAGUUUUUAAUACAUGUGUUAACAUUGUAUGCCCUGUGACCAGGCUGUCACAGAAUUUUUAUGAACACGAUUCAUUGCUGAAAAACCAUCUUGUGAUUCAUCACUGGCAGAUGAGGUGUGUGGAGAAAGUAGAAGGGACACAAGCAAAUGGACACAAUCAAAACUCAAGCCUUUUACAUGAACACAAGAACACAAAUCCCUGACCAGGGUGGCUGUGAUUGUCGUGUUUUACUGUCUCAGCUGAUCAGUCCUGGUCAAGCCUUUGUUCAUGUCAUUCUUUUGUGUUGUUGGUGACUACAGGUUUAUAUAGUAACAUGAGAAUCAGUAAUUGGUUGAACCUGAACACGUGGGAAGAGCAUUUUUUAAUUGUGUGUCUGUGUCCUGUGUUGAUUGCUGAUGUUUAUGUGGAGAGUUAUUGGAUAGUUUGAGGAACAGUAACUAUUUGGUGCUCUUAAUUUGGUUCACUGUGUUUAAUUGGGUUCAUUAUUGUAUCUGUAUCCUUUUAUACUAUGACACUAAUAUGAACCAACUGUCCUUGACAACAUUAGAAUGGGCCCAUUGUGCUCUUUGUGUCACUAGAAGCUCAGUGAUCCCAAAAUCCAUUAGAGAUCCCAGUGAUCCAUCAAACUCAUUUUUCAAGUAUCCCAUGGAGUUAGACUGAGGUUACAUUAAGUAAUUUUACUUUCACAAAUCAUUAAGGAAUGUAAUUCAGAUGAGUUACUAACAAAAUAGAUGCUAGCUCAACAAGACCAUGUUUCUGAGUUGCAGAAAUCUGUUCAGAAAUUGUUUACAGGCACAAUAUCCAUUUUGGUUUCUGAAAUAUUCAAUGAUCUGUGAAUGCUGAAUUGUGAACUUCAUAUUUUGGGUAGUUUUAUAACUUUAUUAUAUUUUUUUUUUGUUUUAUACAGCUGAUAGAAUUACUUUAAAAAGUCUUCACUUUUUUUCAGUCCAGUCCUUAUUGAAAUUGUAGGAGCCAAAGUAAUAGAUUUUGUCACCUGACGCGCACGCACCACAAAGUAGCCAUUCUAAAAUAUAUUUAUAAAUAUAAUUUUCUCAUUUGUGAUUUAUUAUACAGUACAUGUACGUCUCAAGUCUUUUAAACGUUUUUGACGUUUCAUAUUGGCGGAGCGCCAUCUGUCGGUACCUUUAGUACUGAAGGGACGCACAAUUUGUAUGUCAGAACAGGAAAUACAAUUUAUAAUUGCACCAUUCGCCGGUAAUAUUCAUUUUAGAGAUUAAAUGAAGCAGAUUAAUUCAGUUAUACAAGCAUAACGUGGAUUAUGAAAACAAACCUGUGAUAGUAUAAUGUUACAUUUAAAUAAUCAAGGAGUUUCCCCGAUAAACCCCUGACCCUUAAGAAUUUCCAUCGCAGAUUGACAAUGUCCCAAUUCUCUCUGUAUAAUUCCUUUAUGUUUCUAUAGAAACAGUAAUUUUUUUGUUUUUUUGGGGGGUAGGAACUUUUAGGAUAUUUUCGUAAGGAAUCAAGCUUCUCCAUAGGUUAACCUCGUGGUUUAUUCGGUGUAAAGCUCUCGGCGAUAACCUGCACUUGUUCGUAUCAAAACUAAUUUUGUUAGUGAAAGCAAAACCUAAACAACCUUUAUAGUUUCAAUUUCUCCAGAAACUCAAGUAAGCAAGGAUGAAUUUGGCAGAUAAAUUGUUUUUUCUACUGAAUACAGCAGCAGUGCUAUUUCUACUUGUUUCAACUAACAGCUCCUGUGGCCCUAGAGAGUACAGGAUCGCUAACCAGUGCUGUCAGAAGUGUGGACCAGGCAGUCGUGUUUCCCAGCACUGCUCUCCACAAAACAGUGAUACAGAGUGCACCAGCUGUUCCAACAGCACAUACAUAGAUCACCCCAAUGGCUUGACAAAGUGCUUAGACUGUAAAGUCUGUGACUCAGAGCUGGGUCUUUUUGUGAAGUCCCCCUGCACCAAAGUGAAAAACACUGUCUGCCACUGCUUGAAAGACUUCUACUGUGUGGACGGCAGCAGUGAAGAAUGCCACCUGUGUCCUAAACACUCCGUCUGUCAGCCAGGACAGUGGGUUAAGCAGAAUGGAACAGCUAAAUCUGACACCAUUUGUGAAGAAUGCCCUACUGGCACAUUUUCAGCAGAAGAAAUGUCAUUAUCAUGCACACCCUGGACUGUGUGUUCAGGUGGUGUCCUGUCUAGAGGAAAUUCAACCACUGACGUAAACUGUAAUGCAUCCGUAUCAAGACAGCAUACCAUACUUGUUGUUUUCAUAGUUGUUGUUCUGGUUUUACUUGUAUUUUUGAUGUACAAACUAAAAACUCAGAAGUCUUAAUUAUGUGCUUUCAAAGCUAUUUAAAUAUAUUGUAAAGAGAUUGUGUGACAUAAAGUAAUGUACCUCAACAGUCAACAUCAUUCUUGAAUAGAAUUGUAUCCAUGAACACAGUCAUAAAUAGUGCAUGAAUACCC